UAUAAACACAGAGAAUAACUCAUACUCGUCAUUUAUGAUAUUGACAGCGCCAGCGACGGUUGGAUAGCGGAUUACAUUACUGCAACGUUUAAUAAUAUUUAUUAUAUUGGAAAAUAUUUAUUUGAAAUUAUUUUUUCAUGGGAUUAAGAUUUAUUUAACGAUUUACAUCUAAAUGUUUGACUUGACUGUUGGAACUAUGUCUCAGUGUUAUGAUCGGGGAUCAGUCUGUGCCUGCCCUCCCGUGUCAUACGAACCUCACAAAAUGCAGAGACUUAUGCCAAGACACAAUUUGUUCUACACUAUGGAUUCUACUCCGAAUCAGCCAAACUUGCUACAAUCAAAUACCUCCGCCCCAAUGGACUGUGAAGUAAAACAGAGCAACACUUUGCAAAGUGUCCUCUUGGGAAAAGUCCCUGCGGCCUAUUCUCACUUGACUUCCCACAGGAAGUCACCUUAUCAACUCAGCCCUCCCCAUAGCGCCUCAUCUCCCCGAAGGAGUCCCCACACCCCUAACACAUUCUUGAACAUUCCGUCAAGGACUCCACCUAACGGGUCCCCCCAGUCGUUCCAGUUUUCUCAGGAGGUUCCAUUUUCCCGUCAAAUGUCUCCACAAUAUCCUGCAAUCUCAUCCCCCCACCGCUCAUCCCCCCGCCACUUGCCAUCACCACAUUUGAUGGCCUCACCACGCCCCUCACCCUCGCCUCGACAUUCGAUAUCGCCUGCUUCAUCUUGUUCAACAGAAAUUUGCCAAGAGGAGCCAAUUGAUCUUUCUUGCAAAGUGUUGAAGGAAGAAAAUAAUACUCCUAGCGGUGAGGACAAGGACAGUGCAGGAUUUUCUUUAUUAAGGAACUUACUGUGUGUUGGGAAAAACAAUCAAACGGGUUCCCGUAAAACACAGGACGCUGCCAGUGAAUACAGCGAAAAUGAAAGCUGUUUAGGAGUACAAGUCACUGGAACCACACCGGUUACACUAGCCAAGAAAAAUAUGUAUCCCGUGGGAUCGCGUGUGUCGGACUGGCUUGUGAAAAUCAUCCAAUUUGCAAAAUCCAUUCCGGAAUUUGUCAACCUUUCGCACAAUGACAAAGUGACAUUGAUCUUGAAUUCUUGGACGCGGCUGUUGCUGUUGUACAUGUCAGAGAGUAACUUUCAGUUUGCUGUGACCCCCACUCAUUCCGAGCAGCAAAGUGAGGAGGUAGAGGACCCCCCACCCAGCCAACCGACCAUGAAAUCAGUCGAAAAUCUUCAGGGCUUCAUCCGCAAGUGCCAAACAAUGAAUCUUGAUCAGAAAGAAUAUGCUUUCCUUAGAAUGGCAGUUUUGUUUAACUCUGGAUAUGUGGGUUUAGAUAGACCAGAUCAGGUAGAACAACUGAACACAUUAAUCCAGCAGCUUCUGCAAGAGCAUGCGCGCUCUACCCGCCCAAACGACCACCUUCACUACAGUCGAGUCCUGCUUUGCCUCCCUGCCCUUUAUGGCAUUAACUGUAAAAUGAUCGAAAAUCUCUUCUGCAAGCAUAUCAACGGAAAUAUGGACAUCGAUGUUCUUUUAAAAGAAAUGUUACAAAACUUAUAGCAAUUCCAUGAAGUGACUAUUUUUUAUUUGUUGUUUUAUUUAUUUUGUGGACUUUAUAUGGCGCUGGGCGUCCUUAUUUUAACCCAUCAUUCCAUGGAGUGUGUGGUUUUCAUGAAUGCGGAAAUAUGUUGUCAACACUCCUUGAGAUGUAUACAUGUAUGAUAUUAUUUCUUGUCGAGAGCCGUGGUAGGCGCACCUUUUAUUCCCCUUCACAGCUACAUGAACAUAUUUUGAUGAUUAAGAUAGUUGAGUUAUUGACCUUGAUAUUAUUCGUCCAGGGAUCGCUGACCUGCCGUUUACGGUGCGAGCGUUCAGUCAACUCACCGUAAAAAAAAUACAUUAUACUCAACUAUGCUUAGACUUUUGGUGAAUUACAACAAAAGUGUGUGAAAAGAAGAUCUUUGGGGAUGAAAGAAAUCGAUAUUGAGAUUUCAUGUCCUCCAGUGCGUCAACCCUUCUUGUCACUGCCCUGUGUAUCAGAAAAUGAGAAUGAAUAGUCACUAUGUAUAUUUCUGAUUGUCGUAAACAUAUGAGUAUAUGUCAUAUCCAUUUUAAUUUAUUUUUCUUUUUUUAAAAAACUAUUAAAAUAUAUGAUAACUCUGAA